AUCUUUUCUGAAGAAAACAAUUAUAAUGAUCAAACUUAUCCUAUUUCUAUUCGCUUAGGACUUGAAAUCAUGAUUCAACUUAAUAAAAAACAUUUUAUUAUCCAUAUAGUUCGCAAUAUACAUAGUCAACUACAACCGGGUUAUAUUUGUGAAGGUAGUAGGCAAAGUAGUAGUAUUGUUACAAGUGCUUCUACGGUACUAACAUCUGUUUAUCAAACAAUUUUUGGUACUAAAACAAGAUUUUUGGAACUUGCAUAUUUAGGUUUAAAUCAAAUUAAUGCUGCAUAA